AAAUGUACUAUCUGUAAGAAAAAAGGUGGUUCAAUUGGCUGUAUAACAUCCAGAUGCAAACGAAGCUACCACUUUCCUUGUGGGAUAGAGAGAGGAUGCCUUUUCCAAUUCAGAGAAACUUUUCCGUCAUAUUGUUGGAAACACCGACCUACUCAAAAACAUCCUUCUAAUUGUAAAGGAUCAUCACAAUGUACAAUAUGUUUGGAGUUGGUUGAAUGUGUACCUGCAUACAACAUUUUGACAAGCCCAUGCUGUAAAAAUGCUUGGUUUCAUAGGGAAUGUUUGCAGUGUCAAGCUGUCAGUGCAGGAGUAUUUUUCUUUAGAUGUCCUGUAUGUAAUAAUAAAGAAAAAUUUCAGAAUGAAAUGUUAAGAAUGGGCAUCCAUAUUCCAGAAAAAGAUGCCUCUUGGGAACUGGAAGAGAAUGCCUAUCAAGAACUUCUUCAACGUUACCAGCACUGUGAUAUUAAAAGAUGCCUUUGCAAAAAUGGAAGAGACUACAAUGAGCCUGAUAGCAAAUGGGAAAUAAAACGCUGUCAGUGUUGUGGUUCUAGUGGAACUCAUUUGGCAUGUUCCUCACUAACAAGCUGGGAGCAAAAUUGGGAAUGCAUAGAAUGUAGGACCAUCCUUGCCAAAUCAAAUGGAAGUGCUCAGAAAUGGCGAAAGCGUUCCUUGAGUAUGCCAGAAAAAGCAGAUGGAGACAGUUUGAUGGAAGAUCCAUCACCCAAAUACCCUAGACAGUCUCCAGGAUCUCAUCUUGGCUUCCAUGUCAGGUCCCCAAAGAUGGUAUGCUCCAAUGGUUUUACUCAGUGUUCACAAGCAGAUCUUCCCUCUUCUAAUAACAGAUUUUUACCCCCAUCUGCCUUCAUCAGUCCUUCAGUAAGGAAUUUAUCUUUAAGAAAAAUGCAACUUGGAAUGCAGAAAAGAGAAGUCUCCAAUAUUCUGAGGGAAUUAAGAUCACAAAUUAAUACCAAACCAACAAGACUGAAUAUCAACAGACAAAAUAUCUGGGGUAGUGCUCUAAAAGGAUUUCAGAAGCGGAACUUCAAUCCUGCUAACACCAUUGAAGUAAAGUAUAUAAACUGCAGGAAUAAAAUAGAGGUGGAUCUCUGUUGCUCAUCAAAGGAAGAUUUUUUUCUAUUACUGAUGCUUCACCUUCAGAAUUCUUCAUUAUUUGAGGGGGACUUCUCAAAGAAUUUGUCUUUUGAUCCUCAAGCUCUUAAAGAUAAUUUAUACUACGAAGCAGGAAAAAUGAUUGCAGUUUCUCUGGUUCAUGGAGGUUCAUCUCCUAGUUUCUUCUCCAAAACCUUGUUUCAUUGCCUCGCCUAUGGCACAGAAAAUGUGAAGCCAACAGCAGAAGAUGUUGCUGAUAUAGAUGUUUUACAGACAAUAGAGAAGAUAAAAUCUGCCACAACACUGAGCAGCUUAGAAUCAGCAAUAAGUGAUUGCUCUGAAUAUCUUGCUUCUAUUGGAUGUUUGAAACCUGUAACAGCACUACGUGAUAAGAAUAUGUUGGUGAAUGAGAUUCUGAAUUACCAUGUCAUCAAGAGAACUCUUUUACCAUUUGAAAGCUUUAGACAAGGUUUGAAAACACUUGGUGUUUUGGAAAAAAUACAAAUGAAUCCUGAUGCAUUCUGUAGCAUAUUAUGUCACAAACCUGAGAAACUUUCAGCAAAACUUCUUGGUGAUCUGUUUACAAUUCACUGUUUAUCGGGAGCAGACAAGACCAGAAGUAUUGAUUUCUGGAUGGGUUACUUACAGGAGACAGAAGGUGGUGAGUCAGCUGUAACUCUAGAGGACAUCUUAGUAUUUGCAACUGGCAUCCGCAAUAUUCCACCUAUUGGCUUUGAUCCUGACCCUUCAGUUAAGUUUCUGCAUAUAAAAUACCCCAUCGGGAAGAGAGACCUUAACUGUUUAGAGCUUCCGAUAACAAAAUCUUAUGAGAAGUUUAAAAAAGUUCUGGAUAUUGCCAUCAGACGUGCUCUGUUACAGUCAGAAGUACAUUAGUCACUAAAAUGGAUACUGAAAACUGAAUGAUGAAGCACAUAAGAAGCUUGUUAUCUGCUACUGGAAAACACUUAUUCAUCCUCACAGGUUUAAAACUUGAUCAUGGAAAUGCUUAGUUUCAGUCUUUACAUUUUGAACGUUGUUUCAAAAUGAUGAGCAAACAAAGCUUUUAAAUCAAUUUUGCAUUAUUUUUAUUCUGGGAUUUGUUUUUUGUUUCCUUGGUCAAACAACCAGCAAGUGACUGUAGUGUACCCUUCAUUUUAUAUUAUAAAUAUUACACAUCAAAACUUCUGCAAAUG